GUGGAGUCUGAGUCAGUCCAGGUAACAGCUCACCUGUGUCACAUCUUUUCUCUGCAGGUGUGGAGUGGAGAGUUUUCUUCUUCAGCUCUUUGGAGUUUGAAUCAAGUCAUGAGUGAUGAGGACAGAGAGAAGGGAGUCCCUCCCUCUAAAACCACUCUGUGUGGGGAACAUGAGAGCCAGACCAAAGCUCAGAGCCCAGAGCAGCAGAUACCACACUCCACUGGACCUGGACCUGAACCUGGACCUGGACCUGGACCUGGACCCAGCUGUGUGUCCAUGAAAAGCAACCGGUCAAUUACUCCUCCUCUUAAUUUCCAACAAUCUACUGAUGAUAGGAUCCAGCAGCAGAGACCAGACUCUCCUGGACCCAGCUGUCUGUCUUUAAAGAGCGACGAGUCGAAGGACUGGGAAAUUAAUUUUAAAGGGCGACGUCCAUCAGCUGAUCAGAUAGUGGACCAGGAGAGCUCAGAGGUUCCCAGUGGUCAGUCUGCCCAGCAGCAUCAAACACACCUGGACUCCAUAUUUAUGCUGCUGGAGGAGAACAUCGUCACUUUUGUGAAGAAGGAGCUGAAGAAGAUGCAGAAGGUUCUGAGUCCAGAUUACCCAGAAUGCUUAGAGAGUCAGAGGGAGGAUGAGGAGGUGUUGGACGGUGAGGAUGAAGAGCAGAGGAGGAGCAGCAGAGAGGAGUUUCUGAAGAUCACACUGAACUUCCUGAGGAGAAUGAAGCAGGAGGAGCUGGCUGACUGUCUGCAGAGCAGAUCUCCUGCUAUGUGCCAGCACAACCUUAAAUCUAACCUGAAGAAGAAGUUCCAGUGUUUGUUUGAGGGGAUCUCUAAAUCAGGAAACCCAACCCUUCUGAAUCAGAUCUACACAGAGCUCUACAUCACAGAGGGAGGGACUGGAGAGGUCAAUGAUGAACAUGAGGUCAGACAGAUGGAAACAACAUCCAGGAAACCAGACAGACCAGAAACAACCAUCAGACAAGAAGACAUCUUUAAAGCCUCACCUGGAAGAGAUGAACCAAUCAGAACAGUGAUGACAAAGGGAGUGGCUGGCAUUGGGAAAACAGUCUUAACACAGAAGUUCACUCUGGACUGGGCUGAAGACAAAGCCAACCAGGACAUACACUUCACAUUUCCAUUCACUUUCAGAGAGCUGAAUGUGCUGAAAGAGAAAAAGUUGAGCUUGGUGGAACUUGUUCAUCACUUCUUUACUGAAACCAAAGAAGCAGGAAUCUGCAGGUUUGAAGAGUUCCAGGUUGUGUUCAUCUUUGACGGUCUGGAUGAGUGUCGACUUCCUCUGGACUUCCACAACACUGAGAUCCUGACUGAUGUUACAGAGUCCACCUCAGUGGACGUGCUGCUGACAAACCUCAUCAGGGGGAAACUGCUUCCCUCUGCUCGCCUCUGGAUAACCACACGACCUGCAGCAGCCAAUCAGAUCCCUCCUGAGUGUGUUGACAUGGUGACAGAGGUCAGAGGGUUCACUGACCCACAGAAGGAGGAGUACUUCAGGAAGAGGUUCAGAUUGAAGAAGCAGGCCAGCAGGAUCAUCUCCCACAUCAAGACCUCACGAAGCCUCCACAUCAUGUGCCACAUCCCAGUCUUCUGCUGGAUCACUGCUACAGUUCUGGAGGAUGUGUUGAAAACCAGAGAGGGAGGAGAGCUGCCCAAGACCCUGACUCAGAUGUACAUCCACUUCCUGGUGAUUCAGACCAAACUGAAGAACAUCAAGUAUGAUGGAGGAUCUGGGACAGAUCCACUCUGGAGUCCAGAGACCAGGAAGAUGAUUGAGUCUCUGGGAAAACUGGCUUUUGAUCAGCUGCAGAAAGGAAACCUGAUCUUCUAUGAAUCAGACCUGACAGAGUGUGGCAUCGAUAUCAGAGCAGCCUCAGUGUACUCAGGAGUGUUCACACAGAUCUUUAUAGAGGAGAGAGGACUGUACCAGGACAAGGUGUUCUGCUUCGUCCAUCUGAGUGUUCAGGAGUUUCUGGCUGCUCUUCAUGUCCAUCUGACCUUCAUCAACUCUGGAGUCAAUCUGCUGUCAGAAGAACAACCAACCUCCCAGAAGUCUGAAACAAGAAAAGAUGACUCUGCAGAGACACAGUUCUACCAGAGAGCUGUGAACAAGGCCUUACAGAGUCCAAAUGGACACCUGGACCUGUUCCUCCGCUUCCUCCUGGGUCUUUCACUGCAGACCAAUCAGAUUCUCCUACGAGGUCUGCUGACUCAGACAGGAAGUGGUUCAGAGACCAAUCAGGAAACAGUCCAGUACAUCAAGAAGAAGGUUGAAGAGACUCCCUCUGCAGAGAAAAGCAUCAACCUGUUCCACUGUCUGAAUGAACUGAAUGAUCGUUCUCUAGUGGAGGAGAUCCAACAGUCCCUGAGUUCAGGACGUCUCUCCACAGACAAACUGUCUCCUGCUCAAUGGUCAGCUCUGGUCUUCAUCUUACUGUCAUCAGAAAAAGAUCUGGACGUGUUUGACCUGAAGAAAUACUCUGCUUCAGAGGAGGCUCUUCUGAGGCUGCUGCCAGUGGUCAAAGCCUCUAACAAAGCUCAACUGAGUGGCUGUAACCUCUCAGAGAGAAGCUGUGAAGCUCUGUCCUCAGUUCUCAGCUCCCAGUCCUCUAGUCUGAGAGAUCUGGACCUGAGUAACAACGACCUGAAGGAUUCAGGACUGAAGACUCUGUCUGUUGGACUGAAGAGUCCACACUGUUCACUGGAGACUCUCAGUCUGUCAGGCUGUCUGAUCACAGAGGAAGGCUGUGCUUCUCUGGUCUCAGCUCUGAGAUCCAACCCCUCCCAUCUGAGAGAGCUGGACCUGAGCUACAAUCAUCCAGGAGACUCAGGAGUGAAGCUGCUGUCUGCUGGACUGGAGGAUCCAGACUGGAGACUGGACACUCUCAGGGUGGAGCCUGAUGGAGUUCGAUGGUUGAGACCAGGUCUGAGGAAGUAUUCCUGUCAACUCACAUUUGACACAAACACAGUGAACACAAAGAUCAAACUGUCUGACAACAACAGGAAGAUGAUACGUGUGGAGGAGGAUCAGUCAUAUCCUGAUCAUCCAGACAGAUUUGAUCAGUGUCUUCAGCUGCUGUGUAGAACUGGUCUGACUGGUCGCUGUUACUGGGAGGUCGAGUGGAGAGGAAGGGUUGAUGUAUCAGUGAGUUACAGAGGAAUCAGAAGGAAAGGAGACAGUGAGGACUGUGUGUUUGGAUUCAAUGAUCAGUCCUGGAAUCUUACCUGUUCUGAUGGUGGUUACUGUUUCUGUCACAAUAACAAAAGAACAAAUAUCUCCUCCUCCUCCUCCUCCUCUUCCUCCUCCUCCUCCUCCUCCUCCUCCUCCUCCACCUCCUCUGUCUCUAACAGAGUAGCAGUGUAUGUGGACUGUCCUGCUGGCUCUCUGUCCUUCUACAGAGUCUCCUCUGACUCUCUGAUCCACCUCCACACCUUCAACACCACAUUCACUGAACCUCUGUAUCCUGGGUUUGGGUUCUGGUUCAAGUCCAGCUCUGGUUCCUCAGUGUCUCUGUGUUCAGUGUAGCAGAGUCUGAUAGUUCAGUCUGUUUAUGUCUGUCUCUGUCACAAUUUCAGAUUAAUGUAUUAAAUCAGUUUAAUUUUAAAACUCUUCUAAAUGACUCCUUAUAAACUUCUUCCUCUUACAGUUCUUUAAAAAUAUAUGCUAUGAUUAUUACAGGAUAAAACUUCUGUUGAUGUUCCGUUCCAAUGAACAUAACUUUUCUAGGAUGUUGAGAUCUAUGAUUUCUGUCUUCUGACUCCACCAUGUUUAAUAGCCAAUCACAGUGUCCCACAUCAUCUAAAGUGGACAGCAGUACAGACACACCCCCUUUUUCAGCAAACAUGGAAUUAAUCGUAUUGUUAAAGAACAUUGUGUUUAAAUUGUAUUUAAAUGUGAGCUGUUAUAUUACUUAUACAUGUCAAAAUAUCGUUGGAAAGAUAUAUAGCCUUUAUUGAUUUUUUCAAUCAAAAUCUGUCCAUUGGAAUGGUCAGCAGAUCUGAAUGUCACAGAUUUCCUAAUUAUUUAAUCAGCUUAUUAAGCAUCUUACUGAUGAUGUACAGAAAAUAUCUAAUAUACUGCUGUAACUGAGGAUGAGUUUUAUUAUUCUGUUAAAUCAUACAUGCAGUGUGUUUUAAAGCAUCACUUAAUUUGUUUAUAUGAGUGCCUUUGAAAUAAAACCCACCAUUACUAUA